AUGUUCUUCUCAGCUGAGGCGGCUUCGUCCUCGAUGUCGAGAAAUGUGACAGAGGGCCCCAACGGGUCCGGUUUGGUUCUUCAGCCUAUCUGGGACUACCUCCGCCAGAACCACCACGACCUCCUCAGGAGCCCGCUGUUCCCAGUGGUGCUCUCGGUGUCUACCUACUUCUUGCUGGUGGGCAUCUACACCACGCUGGACCUGCUGGCAGCCGCCCGGCCCGGCAUCAACUGCUAUCGACUGCACCCAGACAGACCUGUAACCUGGCCUGGCAUCGAGACCACAUUGGGCGUCACCAUCUACAACCAUCUGCUCUACGUCUUUCCCGCCGCCGUGGCUCAGUGGCUGUGGAGGCCGCCCACACCGUUGCCUCAACAGGCACCCACCCUGUGGGAGUUCUGCCUUGGAAUCCUGGGUUGUCUCGUGGUUUUCGACUUCCAGUACUACCUCUGGCACCUGCUACACCACCGCGUCCCUUGGCUGUACCGCACCUUCCAUGCCGUGCAUCACGAGUACCGCCGUCCGUUCAGCCUGGUAACGCAAUACCUGUCCGGUUGGGAGCUGGUUAGCGUGGGGUUAUGGGCCACAGUAGAUCCAGUUCUGCUGCGGUGUCACUGCCUCACCACAUGGGGCUUCAUGGUCUUCAACGUCUACGUGUCCACAGAGGACCACUGUGGCUACGACUUCCCGUGGUCCAUGCACAACUUGGUGCCGUUUGGCCUGUGGGGGGGCGCUCCUAAGCACGACGCCCACCACAGGUGGCCCACCACCAACUUUGCACCCUUCUUCUCUCACUGGGACCGACUUGGGGGCACCCACAUGGUGCCUCCGAUCCAUGAACACGGCUCUGGCACCGUUUCUAAGGACUAG